AUGGGCGUUAAGGCCGGGUCGCCAGGCUCGCUGGCCCACUGUGCGGCCGCGGCCCUGCCCUCUGCCCCAGCAGCCCCGAGGCCCAUCCUCCCCCUGGCCUGGGUCCAGCCGAACUCUGCACCCAUCGGAGGACAGAGUGACUGCCUGGGGGAGGAAGACAGGAGGAGACCCCAGACCAUCCCUGGGCCUCAGGCAGUUCUGGACGCUGGGACAGGGCCAGCUGAUGGGAAGGCGGGGUCUGUGAGAGGGGGUAACGCACCCCGAGAGGGGGCGCUUCCUCAUGUGCCCCUCACCCAGCAGGGCCGGCUGCCGGGCCUCAGGGUCAAGUACGUCUUUCUGGUCUGGCUGGGCAUCUUUGCUGGCAGCUGGCUGGCGUACGUGAACUACUCGUCCUACGCAGAGCUCUGCCGCGGGCACGUCUGCCAGGUGGUCAUCUGUGACCAGUACCGCAAGGGCAUCAUCUCGGGCUCCCUCUGCCAGGACCUGUGCCAGCUGCAAAAGGUGGAGUGGAGGACCUGCCACUCCUCUGUCCCUGGUCAGCAGGUGUACAGCGGGCUCUGGCAGGGCAAGGAGGUGACCAUCAAGUGUGGCAUCGAAGAGAGCCUGAACUCCAAGGCCAGGUCAGAUGCGGCCCCCCGGCGGGAGCUGGUGCUAUUUGAUAAGCCCACUCGGGGCACCUCAAUUAAAGAGUUCCGGGAGAUGACUCUCAGCUUUCUCAAGGCGAACCUGGGAGACCUGCCCUCCCUGCCCGCACUGGUUGGACAGGUCCUGCUCAUGGCUGACUUCAACAAGGACAGCAGGGUGUCCCUGGCCGAGGCCAAGUCCGUGUGGGCCCUGCUGCAGCGGAACGAGUUCCUGCUGUUGCUGUCCCUGCAGGACAAGGAGCACGCCUCCCGGCUGCUGGGCUUCUGCGGGGACCUGUACAUCACUGAGGGUGUUCUGCAUAGCUCCUGGCAUGAGGCGGCGCUCCCACCCCUCCUGCGCCCACUGCUGCCCCCCGCCCUGCACCGUGCCCUGCAGCAGUGGCUGGGGCCUGCAUGGCCCUGGCGGGCCAAGAUCGCCAUUGGCCUGCUGGAGUUUGUGGAGGAACUAUUCCAUGGCUCCUACGGGACCUUCUACAUGUGUGAGACCACGCUGGCCAACGUGGGCUACACGGCCAAGCACGACUUCAGGAUGGCUGACCUGCAGCAGGUGGCACCAGAGGCCACCGUGCGCCGCUUCCUGCAGGGCCGCCACUGUGAGCACAGCUCAGACUGCACGUAUGGGCGCGACUGUAGGGCGCCCUGCGACAAGCUCAUGCGGCAGUGUAAGGGUGACCUCAUCCAGCCCAACCUGGCCAAGGUGUGCGAGCUGCUGCGGGACUACCUGCUGCCCGGCGCCCCCCAUGACCUGCGCGAGGAGCUGGGCAAGCAGCUUCGCACCUGCACCACACUGAGCGGGCUGGCCAGCCAGGUGGAGGCCCACCACUCACUGGUGCUGAGCCACCUCAAGACCCUGCUGUGGAAGAAGAUCUCCAACACCAAGUACUCCUGACAGUGGCUGGCCCAGAGCGGGGCCUCUAGCAGGGACUGCUGUCUAGGGGGUCUGGGCCCUAGCCCGCCCACUAGGGGCCCUGUAGCCACCCUUGCCCUUGGGGCCUCCUUCCUCACACUGUCACUGGACAAAGGACAGGGCUGGGCCCAGGCUGCUCCUUUCCAGCUCAGUAGUUCCUGUGAUAAUAGGUUCCUUCACUUUGCCCCUCCCUUCCCUUCAGGAUCCAACAGCCCAGAUGGACUGACCAUUUAGCUGGAAUAAGAGGCUGGAAGGGGGAGGGUAGGAAGGAGGACCUGGAGCCUGACCAAGGGGACCCACCCAGGCCAAGUUGGGUUUUGUUACUUUCAAGAACAUCUAAUGUAAAUAAAUAGCUUUUCUGUGAGUA